AUGCCCAUCUAUCCGACUAUUGGUGAACUUGUGUCAGAAACCCAAGCUGGAACUGAUCUUGGCUUUUCUCUGACAAACUUUGCAGCAGAAGACAAAAGCCAGGUUACAGUCAGGACCACUAGCACUAGUUUGUCUGUAGUUACAAACUUUUCUUCCGUUUCCAACAUGCUGACCAGCACUUUUUCCACGUGGUCAGAAAUAGAAGGGUUUUUAGAGGAGGUUAGUGAAGAGUUUCAGGAUGAACUGACAGUCUGCUGCUACAACCAAACUGAUGGUAACAAUACAGUUUCCUAUGUUAACGUCACCAACACAACCACAUCUUCUUCAGAUGCUUACGUCUCACCAUAUGCUUUAUGGCUAACAAUAUUUAUAGCCAUUUCCAUUGGUCUGUGUAUAAUACUUACAGUUGCUGGCAACAUCUUGGUAUUAAUGGCCUUUGCUGUGGAAAGAGCCAUUCGACAACCAAGUAACUAUUUUAUUGUAUCUUUAGCGAUGUCCGACCUUUUAAUCGGAAUAGUGUCAAUGCCCUUCUACGCUGUGUAUGUUCUGGUAGGGCGAUGGGACCUUGGACCUAUUCCUUGUGACCUCUGGCUAGCUACGGACCACACUGUCUGUUUGGUGUCUAUUUACACAGUGCUUCUCAUCACUAUUGACAGGUACUGCUCUGUUAAGAUAGCCGCUAAAUACCGAAAUUGGCGUACUAGAAACAAGGUAAUAUUUAUGGUAGCAAUCACUUGGAUUAUCCCUUUUUUAGUCUUCUUUAUCAGCAUCAUGGGAUGGGAGCAUUUUAUUGGCUACAGAGACCUAAACCCUGGAGAGUGUGCAGUUCAAUUCCUCAAAGAUCCUGUCUUCAACACGUCUCUCAUCUUCGGUUACUUCUAUGCCACGUUAGUAGUGCUCUUCGUUCUUUAUGGUGGAAUAUACAAGACAGCUAGUGACAUGCAGAAAAGAUCAGCAGAAAAGCAGAAGAAAAUGCAAAGCCUUGUGGCCAUGGGAAAAGCACAAAACGAGAAUAAACCAAUUGGUAUGUCCAAGACACAGAGUACUUUAUUAAGUCUCGACAAACCUAAGCCUGUUCAGUCAGGAAAUAUAACUUCUGUGGCUUCUAGUCACUUGAAUCCUCCAAAUCUUCAUGCCACAAAACAUGGUACUGGAGACUCGUCAUCUAGUCAUAAAACCUCAUCAAAUAAGACUGGUAAUACAGAAACUACUAGUUUUUCAGACAAAAAGGAUGCUUCUGACCCAGACCGGUCCAGCAGUCCAAUGUUUGACUCUGACGAAGAAAGUUAUCAAAAACCAUCAAAGCCAGAGAAGAAGGUCAAAUGUAAGCACUCUGUCAUGGCUGUUGCACUGAACAUUGCUAAAAAUACAGACUUGACCAUAUCCUCAGUUUCAGAUGAACCUAUCCCUAAACUAGUUCCACCACCUUCGGCUCCAUCAAGACAACUUCCCUUAGAUUCUGUGAAGGAUUCGUCGAAAAAACAAAGUCUUUUAGAUACUGAUAAUAUCAUGAGUCCUACGAAUGAGCUGUCUUCUUGGGCUUCAGAAGUAACAACACCGACAGAAAACGUUUUAUUAUUGAAUUCCAUUUCAUCAAACGACCGAAGCAAUGAUAGACCAAAUCCUCCUAAAACAUUAAAUUUGGCUUCUGUAAAGGAAGAACAGCCAUUGGAGCAUUUAGAAACCAAUGAUAUGAAAUUUAUUGACCAAGAGAGUUCAGUCGUUAUGCCUUCUCCAGCUAGUGAAGCAGCAUCUUCAGUGACUCCGCCACCAAUAGAGGGCACUCCUGAACCUCGUACAAAAGACAAAGCAGUCAACACAGAUCCAAUAGUUUUUUAUGACUUUUCUGUUGCUCAUGCUCAACAAUUCUUAAAGAAAAAUAGCGUUGUGAGCAUGAAAGAUGAACAUGUAUGUGAUUCCAAAACAGUGACACGCGUCGCUAAACUUGAUGAGCUGCAACCAAUCAUAGCUCAUGACCAAUCUUUAGCUGGAAGUUCUUCUAAUAAAGACAACUCGACUACUCGCUUCAAACAAGCUUUCGUAAACUCCUUAGCAAAGAAACGUAAGAAAGGAAAAUAUAAUAUCAAAGAAAAAAGGCAAAAAUCGAAAUCCGAAAAUCGUGCAAAAAAAGCAUUAAGGACAAUAUCUUUCAUUUUAGGCGCCUUUGUGUUGUGUUGGACACCAUAUCACAUAUGUGCACUGGUAGAAGGGUUUUGUACGGAUAUUGCCGGAUGUGUCAAUUACCACUUGUUCUAUUUCACGUACUUUCUGUGCUACGCUAACAGCCCGGUUAAUCCAUUCUGCUACGCAAUGGCAAACCAGCAAUUUAAAAAGACAUUUUAUCGGCUUCUCCGAGGUGAUUUCCAUCAAACAUAA